GUUUUUUGAAAUGCCAUCGGUGGUGUCAUGGAGGGUCCUUCGAUAUGCCGUGGCAGUGGCAUGCUUCAUUAUUGUAGCCAUCGCGCACUCCGUGCAAGAUACAAAGAUGUCAUGCGAUGGGCUCCCAUCUUCGACUUGCUCCCAACCUCUCCGUGUCGCACUGCACUCACAGGCGCAUUCGAGCAGCGACAGUUUUGUAGUCGGGUCUGAAAUGACAUGCCGUGGACUCGGGAAAGCGUUCAAGGACCAAGGACACAUGGUGCAGAUCAUGUUCCCAGGGAACUACAGCUCCAUCGCCGACAAUGCAUGGGAUAUUGUCUUCAUCGAAGGAUGGUUUCCAGCCAUCGCAGCAUUUAUCCACGAAAUCCGGCGCCUCAGCCACGGGCGCGCCAAAAUUUACUUCUUUUGCCUCGACCCCGACUUCCCAGGCUUGGACACCAUCCAGCAAUUGGACGUGGACGCCUUCUUCACCAACAGCCACGAGGCACUUGAACUCCUCAAGCCCCAUGCGCCCCACACCGAGUUCAUGCUCCUAGCUGCCGAGUCUCCAUCCAACACCGCCCCUCGUCCUGUUUCAACGGCGUCCACCGUUGUUUUCGUUGGCAAUGCCAUUGGGAUCAGCACCAAACGAGAUCUCACCACCAUGCUGCGCGAAGCCAUUCCGUUCGGGUUGACCAUCUAUGGCUACGCGUGGGACCUUGUGCAAGAGUUCACGCCAUAUUGGGGCGGCAUCUUGCCCCCUGAGGACCUGCCACGUGUGUAUUCUUCCGCCAGAGUAGUGCUUGGCGCCACGAUGGACGGCCAGCGACGCAGUGGCAUGAUCAACAACCGCGUGUUCGAAGUGCUCGCCGCGGGGUCUAUCUUGAUCAACGAUCACUACGGCGCACUCGAAGCACUUCUGGGCGACCACAUCCUGUACUACACCAAGCCCGGCGACGUCACUCGUCACAUGCGUCAACUGUCCGCGUUUCCAUACUCGCCAUUCGAAUUGCAAGCAUUUGUUCGGUCAGCCCAUACAUAUGACCACCGCGUCCGACAAGUCGUUGCCUCCCACACCCGCCUCCCGACCAGUCAGCCUUGCGCCAGUCGAAUACACUGCCCCACAUUUGUAGUUCUACUCGACAAAGCGCUGAUGGCGUCGAAUUACCUCGUCGCGUUGUACGUGCAAGACGUGAUCGAGCCAGCGCUGGACAACUUGCGCGACGUGUAUCGGGUUCAGUUUGCCGCAUCGGUCGACGAGAUCUUACAAGCAGACUUGACCUUUCACGACUUUGUGUUGGCCCUUACGUGCUGGCAAUGCGAGGUCGACCUCUCCCUUCGCAGAAAGCUCCCCCAUACUACCGUGUAUGGCAAAGGACUGUACUUCCUGGAACCUCCACCCUCCGCGACACAUGUUUCACUUGACUAUUACGACGUCUUGUACUUUACGAAUCCAUUCGACGACGACACGUUGUCGAACGUACGAACCAAUCGGCAGCAUGCAUUUGGCCUUCCCAGCCGACCGCGACCGUCUGCACGUCCCAUCGUGUCCUCGUGUGACUGGUUGGUUGUGGGAGACUGGACGGACGACAGGCAGCGGCUUGUGCACAUCUUAGACCACCCCACCGGCAGGUCCAGCGAAGAAGCCGCCAUCAAUCAUGUCGUGUUUCCAGAGCACCGGCGACACACGUUGACCCACACCGUGGCGUAUCUGAACGCGUCCCACCCUGACCUGUCCGUACACUUUGCUUCCACGCCCACACAAGUGAUCCACAUGCUGUUGGACGAGUUUCAGUGUCGGGCGCUGUACCUUCCUUCUACUGACGAUGCAGGAGGGGGGGAUUGGGUGGUUGGCAUCGCGGCAACUCUGGGGCUGACGUUGCAUGUACAGCCAGACACGAACCGGUGGUCCACCAUGUUCAACGCCGUGUUGAACUCUGGUGCAAGUUGGGAUAUCCAGUACGUGGCCGACGCACUCCGUUUCGGUAUGACCCAGCGACUUUGCCUUGGCCAAGGCGGCGCGUCAGUUCGCAUGAUAUGGCCUGAGGACGGGGCAGCUGUGGGCGAUGUGUUUGACGUUCGUUUUGAAACGACGCGCUUUGAUCUUCCGAGAGAUGGCAGUGUGUGUUUGUUUGUAAACGGCAAAGUGCACGGGUGCCUCGUGCGACCGAGUUUGCACUUUUCGGUCGAGUGGCCCGAUCAGAAACGGAAUCGAACGCUUGACCUGCAGCUGGGUCUACGCAGCAAUAUCUAUGGGAAUGACUUUGCCAAGACAUCGCCAAUCUCCGUAACGUACGCAAGUGAUGUGCUACGAACCCAAGAGGAAACCGGUGGUCCAGUCGUCAAGAGCAAGUUUCAUGCGUAUCAUAUUCGCUUGGCAGAUCUGAAUAAUUAGUCUGUGCUUGUUUUCACAGUCAAGAGGCCU